AUGUCUGCCUCCACUGCCCACACCACGUCCGAGUUCUCCCCCACGAGUCUGAGUAUCUCCAUAUCAGCCUCGUCCCCAAUGGAGAAAUACCCAGCCAAGCAGCACGCGCGCAACGUCGCCAAAGAGCUCCAAGUAAAGGACGGCCUGAUCUACCUCGAGGGCACACCAACAGUCCUCUUCGAGGACUCAGACGAGGCAGUAAAGUUCCGCCAAAGACGCUACUUUCUGUACCUUUCCGGUGUCCCGGAUAUCCCAGACUGCUACCUCAUCUACUCCAUUCAGGAUGACAAGUUGACACUCUAUAUACCGCCCUUCAACCCCAGCCAGGUGCUCUGGUCAGGCCUGCCGCCGUCGAUCGAAGACUGCAUCUACAAAUACGACGUCGAUGAAGUCCUGCACUCGACCGCCGUCGCUGACGACAUCCUUAGCUACCACCUCAGCUCCCCGCACUCCCCCCUCUACAUCUUGCACACACAGCAAUCACUCAUCCCCACCACCGUACCCACAACUAGUAUCAAUAACCGCCACCUGCAACCCGCAAUGGACAAUGCACGCGUCUACAAAGACGACCACGAGAUUGCGCUCCUCCGCAAAGCCAACGCCAUCUCGGCCGCCGCCCACCGCGCUGUCAUGGCCGCCGUCCGCACCGCAAAGAACGAGGCUGAACUUGAGGGAAUCUUCCUGCAGCAGUGUGUCUCGCGGCAGGCAAAAACGCAGGCCUAUGAUCCGAUUGUUGGGUCCGGGCGGAACGCGGCGACGUUGCAUUAUGUGCGCAACGAUGAGCCGCUGAAGGGACGGCAGUUGGUGCUACUGGAUGCAGGUGCGGAGUGGGAGGGGUAUGCGAGUGAUGUGACGAGGACUUUCCCGAUCUCGGGGAGAUGGACAAAGGAGGCGAAGGAUAUAUAUACCAUUGUAGAGACGAUGCAGCGUGAGUGCAUUAAGCGCACUGUGAAGGGCGUGGACUGGCGGGAUACACAUACGCUUGCACACCGGAUUGCGGUGAAGGGGUUGAUGCAGCUGGGGAUCCUGUAUAAUGGCACUGAGGAGGAGAUCUUCAGGGCCGGUACUAGUAAGGCCUUUUUCCCUCAUGGGCUGGGCCACUUUUUGGGGCUCGAUACGCACGAUGUCGAGGGGACACCAGAUGUCAACUGGAAGGCUGAGGGAGCUAGUGUCUCGAUGGCGCCGACGCUCCCGACGCCGAGAGUGGGCAGAGGGCUUUAUAAGACGGCAGUGAGAAGGACUUUGCAGCCACGAAUGGUCAUUACCGUGGAACCGGGAAUAUACUUUUGCGAAUUCAUCAUCCUGCCGUACUUGGCACAUCCCACACACGGGAAAUAUAUCAACAAAAAGGUUUUAGAUAGGUAUUGGGACGUGGGGGGUGUCAGGAUUGAGGAUGAUAUCCUGAUCCUAGAAAACGGCAAUGAGAACUUGACUGCGGCGCCCACGGGUUCCGAGAUGCUGGCAUUGAUCAGUCAGGGUCAAGGUACAUGUAAUGGGUAUGAAUGGUAA